AUGUCUCUCAAUUCAUAAUUCCCAAAAUAAGUGCCUUUUUUACCUGGACAUGUUUUUUCAGAUCCAUUCAAAGAAAAUCAUCAUAAAACCUAACAAUUCUCCUAUAUAAAUGGAACUGUUUAAGAGAAAACCAACUUUAUUCAUGAAGAAUUCGAUCCAAAUCUCUUGGACUCAAUGAAAUUCUCUACUCCUCCUAAUUUAACAUAUGGACGUAGAUAACCACCAGAAAAUGAUUACAUUCCACGCAUCUAACCACCAUGGUUAAAAUAUGAUAGAGCUGUAUUACGCUUUUAUGGUUACUUUUAAGAAUCUGUUGUUGAAAAUCCAAAUGAAAACUAUAGAAUCAGAAAAGUGAUAAUCUAUUAUUAUCUAUCAGAUGGAACAAUCCAUAUUACAGAAGUAAAUACAUAAAAGUAUUUUUAUAGCCUCGUAUACCUAAUUCUGGAAUACCAUAAGGUUUGUUUAUCAAAAGGUAGAAAAUUCCAAAAAUGCUUGGGAAAUAAGACUUUUAUUAAUGGGAAGAUUUUCAAUUAUGUUAAAAUGUUAACUUUUUUGAAAGGGUUAUAAACAUCUUAUUAUUAAUUAGGUAUUUAGAAUAUAAGAUUGUGAUUCUUAUACAAGAGAAUUCUAUGAGUAUAUGGGAAAGCCUUUAGGUUUACCUGAAUAAUUGCCAAAAGACAACUUUGAAGGGUAAAGAGAAACUAAAGAACUUAAGAUCAAUCCACCAGACACUAAAGAAUAUAAAGAAUAUUUUGAAGUUAAAUUAGGAGGUGGUCAUCCAAAUGGAGGGCUUAACAAAUAUUUACAAAAUGAUAGAAAAGUCUUAUCUUUUGAUAUCAUAUGGGAUGAUUCUUCAAUUGAAGGAUAAUUAAAUUAUUAUACUCUUAAUUAUUACUUAGCUGAUGAUACUUGUGAAGUGAAAGAAGUUAGAAAAUAAAAUUCUGGUAAAGAUCCUUAUCCCUUGAUGUUAAGAAGAUAGAAAAUUCCAAAAUAACCAAUCUUAACUCAUUAUCCAGGAAUGACUUUGAAGAAGGAAGAAUAUUAUAGUCCAUAAGAUUUGAUAUGUGGAAACACUGUAAAAAUAUAUGGAAGAGAAUGUUUCAUCUAUGGAUGUGAUGAUUUUACUAAAGAAUACUAUCUUAAUGUUUUGGGAAUUUAAUAAAAGUAAUUGUUAAAUAAUAUUAUUAGACCUGCAGUUCUUAAACAAGAGAGAGGAAAGAAAUUCUUUCAUCCUGUACCUCCAUAUAAUGGAUAUGGAUAUGAAGAAGAUUCUUUAGGAUCGGUUUAUUCUUUGUAGCCUAAACCUCCAAAAAAAGAUGUCAGGAAGAAUUUUACUUAAGAUUAAUUCAUUUUAAGAUUUGAAGCUAGAUUAAUCAGUGAGGUGAGAGAAGAAAACUCUAGAAGAUUUAUUAUUUCUUUUUAUUGCGGUGAUGAUACAAUAUAGGUUUAUCAAACUUCUGAAAGAAAUAGUGGUAUAUGGGUAAGUUAUUUGAUAUAAAUCUAAGGGUGGUAAAUUCUUAGAAAGAUCAAGAUAAAAAAACCCAUUGACUAAUGACUAUUAUACUGAAAAAGUAAAGUAUAUGUAUUAUAAUUAGGACUUCUAAUUAGGAGCUAUUGUUUAAUUCAAUGUUUAUAAAUUUUAAUUGAUUAGAGGAGAUGAAUUUACUAUUAAUUAUAUGAAAUAGAAACCUGAUGUUUUCAAAGAGGCUGAUAUAUCAUAAAUUAUUGCUAAACUUAGACUUUUUGCAGACAACUAUCCUAAUUUCGAUAGUUUCUUACUUGAUCUUAUGAAGUAUCUAUUUAUUAAUAAUAAUAGGAAAUUGGAUAAAUAAUUGAAAGGUUAUAUUGAUUUUGAUGAAUUAUCUUAAGGAUUAAAAGAAUUAGGAUUCAAUCUUACAUUAUAAGAAUAAUAUAUUUUAAUGAGAGAAUUCGAUAAAAAUGGAGAAUGGAAAUUAUGUAUGAGAUCAUUAUGGGAAGGACUAGGGGGUAGAAGAAAUGAAUGA